CCGCCCCAGGAAGCGCAGGGUUUAGCGGCCGGCCCGCGCCGCGAUGCAUUGUGGGGCGCAGCAGCAGAGCCAAGAUGGCGGCCAGCAGGAGGCUGAUGAAGGAGCUUGAAGAAAUUCGCAAAUGUGGAAUGAAAAACUUCCGUAAUAUCCAGGUUGAUGAAGCUAAUUUAUUGACCUGGCAAGGGCUUAUUGUUCCUGACAAUCCUCCAUAUGAUAAAGGAGCCUUCAGAAUUGAAAUCAACUUCCCAGCAGAAUAUCCAUUCAAACCUCCUAAGAUUACAUUUAAAACAAAGAUCUAUCACCCUAACAUCGAUGAAAAGGGGCAGGUUUGUCUGCCAGUAAUUAGUGCUGAAAACUGGAAGCCAGCAACCAAAACUGACCAAGUAAUCCAGUCCCUCAUAGCACUGGUGAAUGAUCCACAGCCCGAGCACCCCCUCCGGGCUGACCUAGCUGAAGAAUACUCUAAGGACCGUAAAAAAUUCUGUAAGAACGCUGAAGAGUUUACAAAGAAAUAUGGUGAAAAGCGACCAGUGGACUAAAAUCUGACACAAGUGCUGUCAGCAACCUAUGAUAGAAGAUCGGAGCAGUGCAUUUGAGACACCCCGUAAAGCAGGACUCUAUGGAAAAUUGACAAGUGCCACCUUUCGGUGUGAACUUGUGGCUGUUACUAACUUUCUACCGUUUUCUUAAUCAAAAGUGGGCUAGGUAACCUGUAAAGAAAGGAUUAAAAUUUAAGAUGUUCUAGUUCUGCUUUCUUUGUUUAAAAAUCACUGCUUCAAUAUACUUUAAAGUAUGCUGUUUUCUUUUUCUUGUCAGAAUUUAUCAAAAAUAUCUUAGACUUAUAUUCUGCCCUUAAAUUGAAAAGGUUGUGGCUGUCAUUUCUUAUUUUUCCUUGCAGUUCCCACUAUCUUGAGUUCAUUCAUUGAAUUUUAAUCCCCUCCUCAAAGUGAUGUCUUAGGAAAAAUAUCCCAGUUCCAGCAGAAAAUGAUUGAGUGUUUGGCAGUUUCAUUUACUUUUCUUUCUAAAUGUUGCACUGUGCUUUGUGGGACUUGUUGCAAGUUCCCCCGAACUUCAGUUUGUAACAUAAUAAACAAAUUCCAACCCACAAAACCAAUCAGAAAUAAUGUCUGGGUCUGAUGUAAAUCUGGCCAAUGUCUAUUAAACGGGGAAACCCAGGUUUUUGUGUGCAUCAUUGAAUUAGAAUAUGGCUUAAGUUCUGCUCUUGGAAAACUUUGGAAAAAAAACCUGUAGCAAACAAGUAGUAGAAUGUGAUUGCAAACUUCCUUCACUUCUAUCUUUAAUACCUAUGCAGAGUAGUGGGAAACAUGCACAGAACAACAUUGCAACCAAUCCCGGAGAGUUCCAGAAAUCGGGGACCAAGAGGUACCAAAGUGACAAACCCUCUUUUGAAUUUAAAAUCAUUAUUUUGGAAACGUUAAUUUUGAAUUCAAGAACUAAAUCUGACAGCACUGCUGUCCUCUCUGAACGUUUUCCCUCAGAAUGCGUCAGGAGCAUCUGUGUUUGUGGGAGGGCCCUGGAGCUGUUCCCAGCCCCAGCACGGCUGCCAGGCCAGGCCUGAGCACUGAGGCAGGGCAGAGUGUGCUUGGCUGCUGCUGCUGCUGUGUUCAGCACAGGGGCAGGGCUGCAGUGAGUGCUCAGUGUCUGUCUGUCCAUCAGCUUUGCAGGGGCUGCAGUGAGUGCUCAGUGUCUGUCUGUCCAUCAGCUUUGCCAGGCAGAGCUGGCCUGUGGCUGCCCUGGGGCGCUCCUGCGCAUGCUGAGGGAAGGACAGGGAGCCUUUCCCUUCAGAGCUGAGCAUCCUUUGCCUGUCUCUGCUGCUUCUGCUGCCUUUCCUCCCCAGCCCAGAGCCUGAUCCUAGCUCCACAGUCAAACUGCCACACAGUCAACCUGCUGUCUCCCCUUCUGCAGCUGGGCUCUGCUACUGAGUGAAUGGAUUAUUUCCAGAAAUCCAUCAGUAUCUAGGAGCACAUAUCAUUUUGAUGUGCAGGAAGCUGAGUUGAAAUAACCCUGACACCUAGGUGGUUGCCUAUACUCCUAAAUUCAGUUUUAAUACAGCCUCUGCCUUUGCAACCUUUCAGAACUAGUGUGUCAAGCAGUAGAUCUCUCUUGGUUUUAAUGUCUUGUGUAUUUGCUAUUUCCUUAUUCGUCCCUCUCCUCUGGCUUUCAUUUCCAAUUUAGUGUAAACAAUGACAGCCCAGUACCUCACCUCUGUUGAAAGUAAAUUUUUUUAUGAGUUAGGGAGCUAAGAAAUUUUAUGUUUAAGUGUUCUUAGACAGAUUCUUUGGCAGGUAAAUAAAGUUAAACCACAUUCACCUUAUUUACGGAAACUUGCAUUUCCUAAGUGUUUUCAGGCUUGUGAGAGCACUAUUACCAAAUUUUCACAUCUUUGUGUCUUCAUUUGCAGAAAGUUGGUACUGAUUUUGUUUCGUUCACGCUCACUCAGAUUCAUAAUAAAAUAAUGCCAAAUUAUCUGUCAAACUGAAGUGUGUAACUUCUGCAUCACCCGAGUCACUGUACCUUUGAUCAUGUCUGUUGGCAUGGAAACUUACCAUCCUCUAAAUUUUAUUUGAAACAAAACUGUAGCACUAGUUUGCUGCCCUCGUUGCUACUCAAUAGUUACUCUGUGGUUGUAAAGCCUCUCAGGUCAAAGACUGCGCCUCUGCCUGGCUGUGACCGGAUGCCGCGGGAAGGGACGGAAGGGCCGCGGGAGCUGCGGCUGAGCCGCGCCAGCCGCUCCCCUCCGGCUGCAGAGCUCACACGAAGACAGAUCCCGCUAUCAGUUCUCUUGGUGUGUUCUUCAUAGUCCAAUUGCUAAACUGUGUAAACAAAGUGCUGGCGCGUGUCUGGGGCAGCCUCUGAACAAAGGGAUCCGGCACCUGUGUGGCUGAAGGCUGAGGAGGAGAAAUCCAAGUGCGAAGUCCUAGGAUAACUCAGGAAAUCAAGCUCUUGUUCUCUCUGGUUCCCUAAGCCAUGCUGAAUUUUAAACGUGCAGUUGAGCAUCCACAAUGAAAGCAGCGCACUGGUGAAACUACACCCAGGAGUACUGGUAUAGGCUUUCUGCAAGUCCAUUCUGCUACCCUAAUAAAAAUUGCUCUCAAAGG